AGAGGAGGGCAAUCUGGUGGCUAACUGUAUCGGCUUGUGUCACAGGAGUGAGGAAGAAUGAAGUGGGAAGGCUUCUACUCCCUUGUGAUUGGUGUGAACCGCCACUCCACAGCUGUUGGCCGCAUCUGGCUCUCGGUGGUGUUCAUCUUCCGCAUCAUGGUGCUGGUGGUAGCUGCUGAGAGCGUCUGGGGAGAUGAGCAAGCGUCUUUUGUCUGCAACACGCUACAACCUGGUUGCAAGAAUGUCUGCUACGAUCACUACUUCCCCAUCUCCCACAUCCGCCUGUGGGCCCUGCAGCUCAUCCUGGUGACUACACCGGCCUUGCUUGUGGCCAUGCACGUGGCAUACCAGCAGCACCAGGAGAAGAAGCUAUUAGUGAUGACCGGCCACGGGGAUGCCAAGCACCUGGAUGAGGUCAAGAAGCACAAGAUGCGCAUUUCAGGGGCCCUGUGGUGGACUUACGUCUGCAGCGUGGUCUUCCGCAUCAUCUUUGAAGGAACCUUCAUGUACAUCUUCUACAUCAUCUACCCCGGGUAUCAGAUGGUCCGUCUGGUCAAAUGCAAUGAUUACCCCUGCCCCAACUUUGUUGACUGCUUUGUCUCACGGCCCACGGAGAAGACCAUUUUCACUGUUUUCAUGCUGACGACCUCUGGUAUUUGUAUUGUCCUCAACGUGAUCGAACUGGUGUACCUGCUGGUGCGGGCUUGUGCCCGCCGUGCUCACCGAAACUCCAACCCAUCUUCAGGGAAGGGCUCCUUCCUGGGCCACAAGCUGUCUGAGUACAAGCAGAACGAAAUCAACCAACUGCUGACGGAACAGGACAGCUCCCUCAAGGACAUUCUCCGCCGCAAUUCAGGGGGUCAGGAGAAGAGUGACCGCUGUUCGGCCUGCUAAGGGUAUUGGGACCAUGGAGGUGGGGCUUGGCUGCAGCAGACCAGGACUGG